AUGCCGGCGAGCGCCGCCGAGAUGCAGGGGUUGCCGUCGUUGUCUCUCCCUGCGAGCGAGCGAGCGCCAACGUUUCAGGAGGCCUCUCUCUCGGUCGCCGACGCUGCAUACCCGGUGGUCAAGGGCCUGACCUCAAGGGCCGUCGCGCCGCUCGCUGGUAGAGCGGUCACGCUUGCCGCGACCGGCGAUCCAAAGGAGAUCAUCAAGACCAUUGAUGCGGGCCUCGACGCGUUCCUGUCGGUUCCUCCCGACCGCUUCUUUUCCACCGUGCGCUCUCUCAAGGCGGCCACUUCCGCAGCCGCGAAAGCUCCGUCCUGCAACCUCAUCUGCAUGCCUCCGGUGAGCAGCGUGGAGGACGUGGUCGCAAGCGCGUCCGCCAUCUCGGUUACCAGCCCGGACAAGCUCAAGGCCUUCGCCUUCCAGGGCGUCAUGUCGCUCGCCUCUGGCGACAAGCAGCAGUGCACUCAGGUCCUCGCCGAGACGCUCAAGUUCUCGCUGGACGAGCUCGUCCGGCUCAAGGACAGCAUCGGCGCGCUCCUCUUUGCGAUCGACAAUGCUGCGCAGGCCGCCGCGCCUCCCGUCAAGCUGCCGGCCGUCAAGACCUUCCCGAAGAAUUCGCGCAUCGAGCAGGCCGGCCUCGAGCUGGCGGACGGGCUCUACCCGAUAGUCGGCUCUCUCGAGGCCAAGGCUGUUGGCCCCCUCGCCGGCAGGGUCGUCACCCUCGCCGCCACCGGAGGCACACGCGGGAGGAGCACACACGAACGAGGUAAGGUAGCGGGUCGGAUGGCCAACGCACUGAGCGUCACCGACUCGACCAAGCUCAAGGUUUUCGUCUACCAAGCCGUCCGCUCCAUACAGUCGGGCGACCCGCAGCAGCUCAAAGCGGCCGCUGCCGAGGCGCGCCGAUUCGAGGCGUCGCUCAACCAGGCCGAGGUGCGGCGCGUGACGCGCUCCGUCUUCGACUUGCUCGACGCGGCGGGCGCGGAUCUCUCGCCGUCAGAAGUGGCGUGGGUGAACGGGUUUGUUGGGCUGACGUAG